AUGGUCUUCUCAAUACCUUCCUACUUGGGCGUUGGUGACCGGUACAAGCAUGCGGUGGAUGAGCGAGCACAGGGUGUCAAUUUCGUCACCUGCUUCCCAAAGACAGGCCACAACCCUGAUGCGCUCUUUGACAAGGAGUACAAGUACAUGUACAAUGGCGACCGCCGAGCUGACCCGGAGACCAUGGCUCGUCGUGAAGCAUUGGAGAGUCGAAAGAAAAACAUAGCUUCUACCGGCUUCGUAUUUGCUAGCCCGCCACAGAAAGGGGAAGGACUUGGCUCGUACUACGGCUUGAUUCAGAAGGAACCCUACCCUCAUAUGCCCGACAACCCCAUGACACGUGGACCACAACCCUUUCCCAAGUCAAUGCCACGUCAGAUAUUAACAUCCCCUGGCAAAUUGGGCAGCUACGGGACACCAGGAUUGACUUUGAACGCGGUUGACAACGAAUACAUUGCUACCAUCUAUGACCAACCUCGUAUUAACGCAAAGAAGGACCGUGAUAUUUGGCGCCGUCGUAUGCCUGCAACGCCAUUCAUACCUGUUGGGCGUCGUGGCUACACGUUUGAUGAAUCCCCCGUUACGGGGGCCUCUAUGUGUUAUGUGAUGACCAAGCCGUUUGUGCCCAAAUCGGUGCCACAAACAUUUAGGCAUUUCAUAGUAGACAAACCAUGGCGGCCUGCCGGCUACGUAGAUGACAAACCCACCACAAUGGAUUACUGGGAGGAUCCGUACAACGCCUUUGAUCCUAGGGAGGAUCCAAAGUCACGUGUGAAGAAGCCAAGCGACGCCGUGUUUAGACCUAGUUUCCGCGGUGACAACUUUUGGUACACACAGAGUAUCGUCUUCAAGCGUCUCUAG